AUGGUGUACGGAGUAACGAGAGAUACAGUGCUAUGGUGUCUGCCUUGUUUGCACUGUUUGCAUUGUUCGAGUGGUUUGUCAGAUUGUCAUCCCCGCCGGGCAUCGUCACUUUCCCGGACCCGCUGGACCAAGUAUCAGAGGGGAUUUCGUUGUACAUUGUCUUUGAAACACCGAACACAUGCGCCGCUCAACUCUCUAGAUGUCCGCUUCUGGCAAGAAAGGUGGUGGUGCGCUGAUUUUGCUCCCUCUGUCAUCAUCGGCAUUUCUGACUUCUCAUACACAGGGUGUUUCCAAUGCUCCAAGCGGCGCAUCACAUGCGAUGGCAUGCAGCCAACCUGCACGAAAUGUCAGAAACGGGGGAUUGAGUGUUCGGGGCCUGGCAGAAUUCGUUUCAUGAAUGCGGUCGCCAUGCGGGGGAGGUUGAAAGGGUGUACUGUCCCCGUGCCUGGGAACCCAGACUCGGGCAUUGUUGCACAACCCCAGCAACCAGCAGCGAUACAACCAAGGCAAAUCAGAUGGAAGGAUGAUCAGAAAGUGCGAUCCAAGCGAAAAUACACCGAGCGACGAGCGAACCUGAUUAAGUCCGAUUUGGAGACAACGGCGGGCACACGUUCUAGAAUGCCGAGGGGACAGGAGUCACGCCACAACGACCAGCAAGAGAGGAUUUCUGUCUCGUCAACAAGUCAGCGGCAAAUUGUCAACAGAUACAGGACGGCCAAGCAUCCAUUGCCCCCGCACGAUCAUGCUUCCAGUGGGACCCUCCGAAACAAAACCCCCGAGGUCACCAGCGGCCGUGUGUCUUCAGCUACAACUCAUGGAAUCAUCCCUUGGCUGGCGCCAUUAAGCGCAGACACGCGCAUGCUGUUUUUUCAUUUCGCAGAACAAGUUGCACCUGUUAUGGUCAUUCUAGACGGUAUUUCUAAUGGGUACCGCGAUGUUCUUUUGCCACUGGCUUGCGAAGACAACCUCUUGCAGCGUGCCAUCUGUGUUGUAGCAACACAACAUCUGACAUUGUAUAACACCAGCCACAAGAACGCCGCCGACCAGAAUCGAGCCGCCGUGAUCUCACGCCUCCGGCGAGAUUCCUUGCAGUCCUCCCCCGAUCGGAUCUUCAAUGUAUCCACAUGGGCUACCUUGAUUGUGCUUUUAGUCGGAGAAACUAUAACUGGCGGUUCAGAGUGUGGACAUCUGUUGCAGACUUUGAUCUCGCUGGCCGGCAAUAUAUCUCAAACAACCUCCUCACGGUUGACUCAGUUCCUGCUGCAACAAACCCACAUGUUCCACCUUCUCGGGCAGCCUCUGCUCGGGACCUUUGGUGGAGGUGCUUCCCCGUUGACUCACCCGAUCGGUCAUUACCUCGAUUGGACGUACUACGAUAUUCCCUCCCACUCUGAGCACCAUGAUCUUCUGCAAAUAUCCCGAAUGGCCUUCGUGAAGGCGUUUCAAAUAUACACUGGACGCAAAACCUCCAAUGACCACCAGUGGGAACUACUGGAAAGCCUCAAAACACUUGUCUGUCAAAUUGAUCCCAAUCAAACAGGCUCGCAUGCGCUAGUAUGGGUGUGUUUUAUUGGGGCAGCGGAUAGUGUUGACCCGAUCCACCGGAGGUUCUUCGUCGAUCGAAUGAGCCAGAUCUAUGCCAAAACACAGUUUCAAAAUAUUGCUGCUGGUAUGCGAUCAUUACCUAGGAUCUGGUCCGAGCAGAGCUCUGGAAGAUGGACGGAAGAUCUAGUCCGGCUAGCUCCUACGUUGGUGAUAUGA